AUGUUCGCCAGAUCAGCAGCAGUCCGCUCCGUCGCCCGCCAGGGUCGCCACUUCUCGUCCACCUCGGCCGCCCGCGCCACCGCACAGGAGAAUGCUUCGUCCGCCAUCAACGACAUCUCCAAGAAGGCGCAGGAGAUCGGCGGCCCCGUCAUCAAGCGCGUCGAGGGUCUUCUCGGAGGCUACUCGGAGCCCAUCAAGUACAACCUCUCGGUGGCAAGCUCGGUCGCCAAGCAGGUGUACGUCGCCGAGGCUCUCGCCCCACCCACUUCGCUCAACACCAUCGUCUCGGCAUACCGUCAGAUCUGGUCCAAGGCGUCCGACAAGGCCUUCUGGGCCCAGAUGCUUACCAAGGGCGACUGGAAGAAGGUGGGCAUCUACGCCGUCGAGGCCUACGGCAUCUUCACCAUCGGUGAGAUGAUCGGCCGCAGAUCGCUCGUCGGCUACAAGCUCGACACCUCCAAGCACUCGCACGCCCACUAG